CCUUCGGAGUGCGGAGCGCCGCGGCCCCGCCCAGGGGCGAGGCCUCGCACCGCGCCCGUGACGUCAUCUGCGCCACGUGGCCUCCUCAACGAAGCGGGGCGGCCGCGCCCCUCGGCGCCGAUUGGUCGUGGCAGCGGGAGGCGGGCGGGGAUUGGCGAGGGGGCGGGGCCGGCACGCAGCGGGUGAAUGAAUGGGGCGCGCGGCUGUGGCGGGACCCCGGCGCGGUGGCACGAAGCGGGUCCGGGAACGCAGCGGGCACCAGGCGGAGCCGCCACCGCCAGGUCUGUGCGAGGGGCCGGUGGGUGCGGGGCAGCGGAGCGAAAGUGGGUCACGGCGGGGCCCGGCGCCUUGGGCAGGGCGGGACCGGACUUGCGUGCCCCGGCCCGAGCCGGGGCGUCUCCCGCGUUCCCGGGCGGCCCCGCCUGUGCGGCUGGCCCCCUGCCCGGCGUCCCGGACCGCCCUUCCCUCGACGCCCCCCCCCUUCCUCACUGGGCAUCCGCGCCGGAUCCCGGGGGAGGCGGACCGGACCGGGUGGCGAGACCGGAGCCUGACGCCGACUCCUCGGUGCCCGCAGCGGCCAGGGCCAUGGGCACUCCGGCCUCGGUGGUGAGCGACUCUCCGGGACGGGCGGCGCCCGCAGCCCGCGCCCGUAAGCGGGCCUCGGCCAACAUCUUCCAGGGCGUGGGGCUGCGAGAGCUGCGGAGCCUGUUCCGGAGCGGCGGGGCCGAGCGGCCCGAGGAGCGCGCCCGCCUCGUCUGGCGGUACGCGGGCCAGCGGCGCAUGGCGCGGGCCCUGCGGCGGCUUCGGCGACGACGAACAGCCCAGCCUGGCGGUGGGGUGGCAGCGCUACGGCGCUUCGAACACCUUCGGUAGGAUCGCGGAGAAGAAGCUGGAGGGUGACUGCAGGGCCGAGACGGGCUCAGGAUCCAUGUAGCAGCACUAAGCGGCUGGGCCGUGGAGAGCAGCUCUCCAAGGACCCUAAGUGUACUGGGCAGGGUGCAAUGUUAAUAAAGGGUGGACAGUG